AUGGCCAAGGGUAAAGAUGUCCGAGUAACCGUUAUUUUGGAAUGUACCAGUUGUCUUCGAAAUCGUGUUAAUAAGGAAUCAAGGGGCAUUUCCAGAUAUAUUACUCAAAAGAAUCGACACAAUACGCCCGGUCGAUUGGAAUUGAGAAAAUUCUGUCCCUGUUGUUACAAACAUACGAUUCAUGGGGAGAUAAAGAAAUAG